GCAUCAUGAAGAAAGAAGCGACAUCCGGCAGUUUGGGUUUGUACGACGUGUUGCGCGGCAAAGGUUUCAUCGAAUCGGGUUGGACGGCAUGGAAGUUCUGAGUUUUCUAAAACGAGUGGAUGAGAGACAACAACGGGAGUAUCAAUGUCGCAUAAGACCUCGCGCCUGACUUCCACUUGGACAUCAUCGACGGCACGAUGGCAUGAUGUUCUGUUCCCGGUUAUUCGGACUCGAUCUGGAGAUGGGUCUGUCCAGUUUCAUCCUGGAUGGACAACACAGACGAUACACCGCCAAAAAGCCGGGCUAACAAGCGAAAGCCCCAGAGUUGUACUCCCGCUGUACGGUGUCGAAGGUUCGAUGAUGACCCCGGAGACGGGCGAGCUCUGCGAAUACUGCGCAGCCAGCGACUUCGAGCCAAUGCGCCUCCUGACCCUCCAAGGCUUACAGGCAUUGACCCACGGGAAAGAUCUCCUGGCGGAGUCUUCGUUUUCCUAUGAUUCUUACGAAGGCGUGAUUCAGUAUUCGAGGCCGGGUCUUGGGCGAGAUCAAAGGUUCGGAAAACAAAGUCGCAUCGACAGCUCCGCAGCCAGUUGUCCCUUGUGUCAAGCUAUCUCAAGCUUGGUCAGAACUUCGGGACUCUAUACAGCCCAUCGUGAGUUCUUCGACGGUGACCCAGAUUUCUCGUUGAGCAUCUAUUGCAACCCGGUGGAUAGACCUGCGAUUGAGAUACCGAAAUGCGCCCGUAACAACACAACACUACGAGAGCUUGAAGCUGAAACAUACCUUCGCUAUUCAAAAUCCGGUUAA